AUGGCAAUGGCUAGAAAAACACAGAUCUUAGGGGAAAUGGUGACGGAGAUUCAAGCGAGACUACCCUUGAAAAGCAUCGCAAGGUUCAAAUCGGUGUGCAAAACGUGGAAAUCGACACUCGAAUCCGCGUAUUUCCGGCGUCUCUUCCUCUCCCUGCACCAAAACUCCUCUUCCUCGUGGUCGCUGAUGUCCUCCGGAGCAGUAGAACUCAUAGGGUUUCACGGAUGCGAGACGUGGGGUCUCCCAAAGUCUCCAGCUUCUUUCAUCCCGCCGUCUUUCAAACGCUAUUAUCUCGGUGAUUUCGACCAUGUGUCUUCCUCCUGUGGAUUCGUUUUGAUUGCAGACAGCACUGAUGACGGAGGUGAUUGCUACGUGGGCAAUCCAGUUUCACAAGAGUGGGUCAAAAUCCCUGCACUUGAAGGUGAUUCUACUGUUUUUGAUUUGGUGACUCGCUUGGACGAGGGUGGUGUCGUCGUGGGCUUCAAAGUCAUGAGGUUAGCUUCAGUCAAAGCGACGAAUAACUAUCUCUCGGCUACUUUGAGUUUCUCCGUGUAUUCCUCUGAGACUGGGAUUUGGACUUCCAAGAUCAUUCACUGUCCUCAUCAAAUCACCAACCUUUUUAGCAUCACUCUCAAUGGUACGAUUUACUUCACCUGCCUUAGUGUUCCUGGAGUGAUGGCAUCUCAUGAUUUCUACUCUGAAUCCGAUCAGUUUCGGGUUGUGCAGUUACCGGACCAUUCGGAUCCCGUCAACGCCUUCAAACGAGCCUUGGUUACAUCUAGCGGCUCUGUUCUCUAUGUCAGAGUGUUACCACAAAAGGAGGAAACUUUUUUCAAGAUCUGGAGGUUGAACAAUGGUUCAGGGGAUGAUGAUCAAUCUUGGCAGAUUCUGUGGGAGAUCGGCCUCCCGGUUAUCGGUGACUGUGCACCCCUGGCGAUGCAUCCGUUUGAUGUCGCUACUGUUUAUCUAUGGAGUCAGCAGGAUCAUCAUUUGGUAUCAUGUAACCUGCGGACACGAAAGAUCACAGUCCUCAUGGAUGCAGAUAAUGAUGGUCGGAUUGCUUCGUUGACCAGUCUGUUUGUGUCGAGAACGUGGAUCAGUUGUGGCAUCGAAGAUCAUCAUCGCCAGAUUGGAACUAUAGAGUUUCAAUCUGGCUAUUCCCGUUCGUGCUCCCACGUUGGAUGGAAUCGGUGCCUCGUCCUCCCCAAGCUGAGAUGA